UCAACAGGAUCAUUCCCUUCCUCAUUCAUAAACCAGACUCCUCCUCCUACUUCACUCAGAAGACAGGAAAAAGUGACGAGAAGUCAGAACCUAAAACUGCUUGUGGUAAUGUAUUUGAAAACGAAAAUAAGGAAGAGAAUCCAGUAAAUAGGACGUUUACUGACGUAACAAGGUAUUUAUUGAGUGUCGGUUAAAAGUACUUAGAUCUAAAAAAAAUACAGAUUACGAGUGAAUCUGUGAAAGUGAAAGUGAAAGUAAAUUAGCCACAGGAGAAAUCAACAGAAUGGCGGCCAACACAUCGCCGUAUGAGAUGGAGUGCACAUGCCCUGUGUGCUGUGACAUAUUCGAGGAUCCUGUUGUCUUGUUGUGCAGUCACAGCUUCUGCAAGCUCUGUCUUCAGAAGUGGUGGAGACAGAGUGGACUCAAGACAUGCCCGGACUGUAAGGCCAUGUUUCCAAUGGCUCAGCCUCCACGUAAUCUGAGACUGAGAAACCUGUGCGACAACCUGAGACGAGAGAAGAGUCAGAGAGCUAAAUCAGAAUCUAAGGAUCUAAUCUGCAGUCUGCACAGUGAAAAACUCAAGAUGUUCUGUCAGGAUGAUCAACAGCUCAUCUGUGUCAUUUGUAGGGAUGCACAAAAACACAAGAAACACAACUGUGUCCCCAUCAACGAAGCAGCAGAACCCAGUAGGGCUCAACUCAAGCUGAAGAUGGUGCAUUUAAAAACCAAACUGGGGUUAUUUAAAAAUGAAACACUCACGAGUGACAAAAUGGCCAGCCACAUCCAGCUCCAGGCUCAGCAGACAGAGAAGACGAUCAAAGGGGAGUUUCGGAAGCUUUUCCAAUUCCUGCGAGCAGAGGAGGCGGCUAGGAUCGAUGCAGUGAGGAAAGAGGCGGCACUCAAGACUGAAGCAAUGAACAUCAGGAUUGUUCAUUUGACUGCAGAUAUGUCCUCGCUCACAGACACAAUCAAAACCAUAGAGAUGGAGAUGAAGGCUGAGGACAUCUCAUUUAUGCUGAAUAUCAAAUCCACUAUGGAGCGAUCCCAAAGCAACCUACCAGACCCAGAGACUCCAUCAGGAGCCCUGAUCGACGAGGCCAAACACAUUGGGAACCUGCUGUUCACAGUCUGGAAGAAGAUGGAGAACAUAAUCCAGUACACUCCUGUAAUUCUGGACCCCAACACUGGCAACAGCACACUUAUUAUAUCAGAACACUUGACUCGUUCAACAAACAGCGACAAGUAUUCGCAGUUUCCUGAAAACCCAGAAAGGCUGAGCAACUGUAAAGUUCUUGGCUCUGCAGGCUUUAACUCUGGAAAACACAGCUGGGAUGUGGAGGUGAAGGGUUUUUGGACUGUUGGUGUGGCUGCGAAGGAUAAUAUCUAUAAGAAUAUCUGGGCCAUCUACGUGUGCGUUUGCUCUGGCAUUCUGUGUGAACUUACUCCAGAGGAUUAUGUUCAAAUUGUUUCUGAAAAUUCUUUUCCCCAAAAGGUCAGAGUACAGCUUGAUUAUGAUCAAGGAAUACUAUCAUUUUUUGACCUUGAUAGGAAAACACUUGUACACACCAUCAAAUACACUUUCACAAAAACGGUCUUUCCGUAUUUUAGCGAGGAGGUGAAAAUCCUUCCAUCAGAAUUGUUAGUAGGCAUAAGACGACCCAGAUAAACAUUCUGCAUUAUUGCAGAGGUCAAACAGCAACAUUAGGCCUUAUUUUGGGGGCUUAAGUGUUUACGAUAUGACCUGCCUUUGUAAAUCCUUGUCACCACAUUAAGUACAUGAGUUUUUAUAACUAUAUCUUUUCUGCUUUAUUUUUUACAUUUUUAAUGCAAACCAAAGUGUUGCCAGACAUCAUGCAGGCUUUCCCUGCAAGGAGGGUCCAAUGAAAGAUGCUAUCGAUUUGCAUUAUGGGAAAUGUAGGAUCCAGUGCUUUUGGAGGUUGACCGAUACUAGGGUCUUGUAGUCGUCUUGUUUUAAUCUAGCUCUUGUGAGUACCCAAACUUUAUGGAAGUACAAUAUUAAAUCACUGUAAUAUCUGUUUAAUAUAAUCUAUUUUAUGUUGUAAGUAGAUUGUGUGAUUUAAAUGUUGAUAGAGGGAA